AUGCAAUCCAUUGAUUCAUUGAGAGAAUUAAAUGCCAAGCUCUUAGCUGAGAUUACAGAGCUUAGGAAGGAGAAUGCUGAGAUUCCCGAACUUAGAGAGAAGUUACUAAAGUUCGAGGCUGAGAAUGGUGAGCUCAAAGCCAUAAAUGUUGAAAUACUAAUACCUGAUCUUAGAAGAAAGAUCUCAGAGUUUGAUGCUGAGAGAGCUGAACUUAAGCACAGGAUUGCUGAGGCUUUAAGAAUGACUGAGGAAGAGAGAACAAGGCGUGAUGCUGAGAAUGCUAAACUCAAGGUCAGAAUCAAGGAGUUGGAAUUUGAGUUUAGAGAUAGAAUCACAAAAGUGCCCAUGGUAACACAUCAUGAGAAACCAUUAGUGGAUACUUUAUUACCUGAAGACAAGGAAAUGAAUGCUUUCUUGGAUGAGGUGCAUAAGAAAAAGGACUCAUCCUCAACUACUAGAACAGCAUAUGCUGAUGACCCUUCUGUGCAAACAGUGUAUUAUGACAAAAGUAGAAAUCAGCUACUCUAUGAUAAUGCUGAAAGUACCUGCUUGCAUACCCACUGUCAUUGUCCCUCUGCUAUCAACUACAACCGCCUCAUCAUCUGUGGUAUUGGUGUCUUUAAGCUCACUGAAGAGUAUCAACGAACCUUUGAAAGCCUCUUGUGCUCCUGGAUUGAUCCAUACCAUCUUGCUGAUGAUCCCAUUGCUCAUAGACUCUUGCAUCAGAUACUUAUAAGAAAAGAAUCCAUGAAGACAAUGAACAAGAACAUUGCAAGAAAA